CAUAACAAGUAUUGGAAGCCACCCCUGCACGGCUGCACCCUUAUAUAAACCAUGGAUCUGGAACAUGGCUGUGCACUGAAAACAGGGUAAGUCUCUCUAAAACAGAAGCCAAGGAGGCGUACCUUAGAAUGGCACUGACUAAGGUAGUUCUGAGAGAGUUCCUCCCACUUGUAAUGCUAGUAAUGGUGGUGGGAGCUAAUGCCGGAGGAAUCGCCAUUUACUGGGGUCAAAAUGGAAAUGAAGGCACCUUGGCUGAGACUUGUGGUACAGGAAACUACGAGUUCGUGAACAUUGCAUUUCUUGCAACGUUUGGCAAUGGGCAGACGCCUAUGCUCAACCUUGCCGGUCACUGUGAUCCCUACAGCAAUGGCUGCACGGGUUUAAGCUCGGACAUCAAGUCAUGCCAAGCGAAGGGUGUCAAGGUGAUGCUUUCUCUUGGGGGAGGGGCGGGGAGCUACUUCCUUGCCUCCUCUCAGGAUGCUAAGCAAGUUGCCACUUACCUCUGGAACAACUUCUUGGGGGGACAAUCCUCAUCCCGUCCUCUUGGUGCAGCUGUUCUGGAUGGGAUUGACUUUGAUAUUGAAGGGGGAACGAGCCAACACUGAGAUGAGCUUGCCAGGUACCUUGCUGGGUACAGCAAGAAGGGAAAGAAGGUUUACUUAGCGGCUGCUCCCCAGUGUCCGUUCCCUGAUGCCUGGAUCGGAGGAGCCCUGAAGACCGGUCUCUUCGAUAAUGUUUGGGUUCAGUUCUAUAACAACCCUCCUUGCCAGUAUACCUCUGGGAAUGUUGGCAAUCUUGAAGAUGCGUGGAAGCAGUGGACCUCCGAUAUUCCUGCUAAGAAGAUUCUUCUAGGACUACCGGCUGCUCCCGAAGCAGCUGGAAGCGGGUUCAUUCCUGCAGCUGAUCUCAUCUCCAAGGUGCUUCCGGCCAUUAAAGGUUCUCCCAAGUAUGGAGGGGUAAUGCUGUGGUCCAAGUACUACGAUGAUCAGUCUGGUUACAGUUCUUCGAUCAAAACCCAUGUCUGAAGAUGUUCUACAGCGCUCACAUGGUUCUAUGUAACUUCAUUGCUUUCUUAUGUAUCCUCUUUACAUGCAGUACAUCUUAUAUCUCUGUAUAAAUAUUGUCUUAUAUAUCUUAUGGCUCAUUCCCCUUUCUGUGUCUAUUAGGGGGUUGUGAUUCCAUGAUCAGUUUGUUGUCCUUAAGAGAAAUAUUUCUACAUCUGAAUCACAGUUCUCAUAGCUUCUAGCUGCAA